AUGCACAACCACCCACGUCAUGAGGGCCAUCUCCACACUGUGAACGUCAAGUAUGGUUAUGUGGUGUUUCUCCUUUCGAUUGUGCACAUUGUAGUGGUUGCUACUGUGCCUAGACUAAGAAAAGUAGGAUCUUCUUCGACUCGAAGAUCCCUUCCAUGGUUACCCCAGAUUGUUAUUUGGGCAAUUUUACUUGCAAUUCUUGGUGUUUGGAAUAUCCACGAAUGGCUGGAACACUAUAAUGUUUCAAUUAAGCGGUUUGGUCGGAUGGCUUAUUGUUUAUUGCCGUUUGAUAUCUUGUUGGCAUACAAGUAUUGGCCAUUGGAAAACUACUUGCAAAACCUUAAUUUGCACAAAUGGAUGUCCCGGAUCAUUGUGGUGUGUUCCAUGAUCCAUGGCAUUGGAUACUUUGUCAAAUGGUUUGUGGAAGGAACGUUUUUCCAUCAUUUGUUCAAAAUUGAUAAUUUAUUGGGAGUGGUUGUUUUUGCAGCCGCUGUGGUUUUAUUGGUGGUUUCCGUGGCUCUUUUCCGCCGCCAGAGCUACCGCUUGUUCUAUGUGUCCCAUAACAUCACAAUAGGCAUGUUUGUUGUACUUAUUUUGUUCCAUGCUCGUCCACCAGUGACAUUGUUCGUCGCAAUUUGCGGUCUACUUUUGGCAAUUUUGUUUUUUAUCAAGUUCCAAACCUACUCCGCUACUCCAGUAUCACUCAAGGAGGUUCCCAACUCUUCGCUUGUUUUGGUUUCUUUCCCUUGGCCAGACCACAUUGCAACUUCUUUCAAGCCUGGUUCGCAUGUGCGAAUAAAUCACUCCAACCGGUCGUGGAAAUCGUGGGUUUUUGCUUCCCAUCCUUUCACAUCUGCUACCUUGCCUGGAACAAGCGAGACCUUGGAUUUGGUGGUGAAAAAAGGUACCUUCAUUUUUGCAAAAGAUACACAGUAUAACUUGUCUUCGCCGUAUACAAGUUUAAGUUUCGACGACAAUCUGAUAUCCCGGUUCGACCAGAGUGUGAUAAUUUGUGGAGGCUCUGGUAUCUCGUUGGCAAUUCCAGUUUUCAAGUAUCUUAUCACCAAACUAGACGUCACCAUGAUUUGGUGCACCAGAAGUAAAGCCGACUUGUUUGUGCUCCGCCAUUACUCGCUACUCGAUAAAGUCCAAGUUUACAUCACAGGAAACGAUUCUUUAAGUGUCGAAGACGAAAGCGAGGGCCAUGGCUUGAUGCACGAAACCAUCGAACUUGAAAAUCUCGAAGAAAGUUCCAAAAAUUCCGAGGCUACAAAACAGCCAGAGAUCCUCCGUGGUAGACCAGACUUAAACAACGUGUGUGCGAGCUUAGAAACGACUCCAAAUUCCAGUUGCGUAAUAAGUUGUGGUCCUCGCAGUCUUGUCAAAGAUUGUGAAAAUUGGUGCCGUAACCAUAAAAUCGAGUCGGUUACGGAGAUUUACGAGAUGUAG